GGAGCGGGGGGGUGGCUUACUGGGCUUAAGCCCGGGUUGUUGUUUCAGAAGCCCAGGGUCUUUUGGAGUGUAAUUUAUUUCAUAGUUAGAUGCCUGACUGACAUCUGUAUAAAACAAAAACUACACACAAUAUUCGAAGCACAUAGCGCACAGUCGUAAAUUCCCCAUAAUUUUGGUAUGAUCCGAGCUCAGGCACUAGGCGACUGAGCACAGCACUUACGCAUGUGAGCGAGGGGGGAGAAGCUGCUGCCUGCGAAUUUGCUGUAGGAGAAGUGCAGACAGGCAGACAGAGGAGAGCUUAAGUUUGACCAGGGUCACCGACUCCCAGCGAGGAUCUCAGCAAUGAGUAAAGGACAGGCGGCCGGGGACCUUCCCACCGGGGCAGGUUCUGCAGGAGGGGCGGUGCAGGCUGGAUCGGAUCAGGACGGCUUCCAGCAGCGACACUAUGAUACGCUGACUGACACGUGGAACCAGCUGAAGAGGAGAGCAGAGAUGCUCAGACGUGAGAACGAGUGGCUGAAAAAAGAGACUGAACAAACGACCACGGAGAGUCAAGAGUAUGUGAGCUUCGUGUCCAGAAAGACAGAGAUACUUCAAAGUGCCAUCGAGGCCCUAAAGGAGCAGAACCGGCAGGAGGUGGAGAGGCUGAGGAAGCAGAGGGAGGCGGAGCUGCAGAAGCACACAGAGAAGGUCAACGAGUUAAAGAGGAGAAUCCUGGAGAAGGAGUCUGAAAUAUGUCACCUGAAAGCUGAGAUUGCAGAGCUCAGUGAGUUUAAGAACCAGCAUCAGCAACAACAGCUUGGCCGCAUUUCGGAGCUACAGGGACAGCUGGAGGCCAUGUACGGCAGCCACGCCGUGGAGGUGCGUGUCCAGAUGGCCGACUGCCGCAAUAAGAAGGCAGAAUAUGAGAAGCAGGCCAGGCAGGCGGUGGAGGUCUUCACCCGCGCUGCCAAUAGGGAGGCAGUUCGAUCCAUGAUGGCCCAAAUGCAGCAGGUAUCCCAAGAAAACCAGAGCCUGCAGGGGGAGCUGCAGCAGUUGAUUCAGAGGACACACGCACUGCGCUCCCGCCGGGAUCAACUGCAGGCACGCAGGCAGCAGCUCCUGCUGGAGAAAGAGUAUGCGCAGGUGGUGCGCAGGCAGAGGGCACGGCCAGAAGAGGGCAGCGAUGUGCCACCAGGUCAAUAAUGCCGCUCAGGGAAAAAGGCACAGAGGCUUAGAGGACAGGCCUGCAGACAGACUCUCACACAGUGCAAACAGGCUGGCAGUACGCGCUGACAAGUACGCAUUCAGAUACAGUCACCCACGCCGCCCCCUGCACCUGUCCUCAAAGCAGUCUAAUAAAACAUCAAUGAAAGCUAUAUGGAGAGGCUUUUUAGCAGGUCAAAGCCAGGUUCACUGUACAGUGAGGACCCAGUGAAUUCAUAAUGGUCCCAUAUAAUGCGGGUGACACAGCUGGGUCCCUCUAGCCCUCAUCGCUCUGCAGUCCGGACACAUACAGGUCUGUGGGUGGAGAUGGCAGCCUCUUCCAAGCGUGUUAUAUUACUUCACACAACCCACGGAGUGAAAACGGGCGGGUGUCUGAUGGCACACAAACACUCUGGUCUGUGUGCAUUCUGCGUCUGGGAGGAGAUGCGCCUGAAAAUAAGACCGCUGCCUGAUCCAAACUGGGGAGAAAUGGAUGAAAAGUUUGCUUUAAAGAAAACAGCCAAAAAUAUAAUACAGGCAAGGUUCUGUCUUUAAAUAUAUAUGUAUCUGUAGUACACACUUCAGCCCAGCAGAGGGCAGGGCAACAUACACCAGAUAUCAGUAAGAGGUAGUUUAUUAGUCUUUAGAACAAGGAUGAAAACAGCAUUCACACAGUCAUCCACAUAUACACAGUAUUUUUACAUAUUUACAUUUUAUUAUAUAAAUUAUAAAAAUAAAACUGAUGUAAAUUAACUUUAAACUUUCAUUCGUACAAAUGACAUGAAAGGAGAAGGUAACGACUGGGGAAAUUUGACGUAUUUAUUCUCAAUGGAAACAUUAUUUUCAAAAAUAAGCAUUUCUUUGUACAUGUCAGAAUAAUUUAACAAAUGCUUUAAAAUGGUCCCCUCUGUAAAAUAACCAAGGUUCCAGGUCCUGAGGUGCAGAGAGGACCUUGUCCAGUGUCCAGGCUCAGUACGCACAAGAUUCUACUGAAGACCUGUUGUCCACGAGCUCCUGAUAAUCUGACAUCCUGCACCUCUGUCAGCAAUAAUAAAUAAAGAUAAUAUAAAAAGAA